GUCUUGAGAACUUGGAAAGGAAAAGUAGAAUUAUGGAAAAACGAAAAGAUAAUGAAGAAGCAAACAACUCAUUGGUGUCAUUUUCUGCUCUUCGCAAGGACGUUGUCAAUGUUCUGGAUUUCAUGGAGAGAUUAAAGAAUGAACAAGAUCAAAAGGCUGUUGAUGUGGAUCUAAUUGAAAGCCUGAAAUUGAAGCUGACAUUUAUUUGUACAUAUGUCCAGCUUUCUUAUUCCGAUUUGGAGCAGUUUGAAGAUAUAAUGACUAGAAAAAGACAAGAGGUUGAGAAUCUGCUUCAACCAAUUUUGGAUGAUGAUGGAAAAGACGUCGGGUGUAAAUAUGUCGUUACUAGCCUCGCCAGUAAUAUGGAUGACUGUAUCAGCUUGUAUCAUCGUUCUAAAUCAGAUGCCACCAUGAUGGAUGAGCAAUUGGACUUCCUCCUCUUGAAUCUCUAUCAUCUAUCCAAGCAUCGUGCUGAAAAGAUGUUUCCUGGAGUGACUCAAUAUGAGGUUCUUCAGAAUAUAUGUGGCAACAUAAGAGAUUUCCAUGGGUUGAUAGUGAAUGGUUGCAUUAAACAUGAGAUGGUUGAGAAUGUCUUACCUCAGCUUCAACUUAUGGCUGAGAGA